ACGGGGACCUAGCUGACCUGGAUAUUGUUUAACGGUGCUCGGGACCGACGAGUCUGCGAGUGUACGCUGUAAGCAGUUUCACUGUACCACGAUAGAUCUAAUGCAUCAGCCCAUCCCGAAGCGAAAGAACCCCCCAGUCACAGGAAGAUGACCCGCAGGUGCCGCCCUGGGAAUUAAUAUAUUGAUGGGUGCGGAAGGUGUUUCCAUCUAGAAUCCCUUCGUAUACAACUUGGAACCGAUCGACAUCCUAUCGCCCCAAUAAACACCUUCAGCAUACAAUACAUACCUACAUACCUAAAUCUCUAAGCCAUCAUGGACGACAUAUCAUCAACACCGAUUCCAGUAGUCCUCUGCGGCAAAGCCGAAGUCGUCGGGCGGCAGGUCGUAGAAGGAUUAAAACCGGAGAUCGACGUCCUCCGGGGUCUCGCGCCCCCAACGCAAAGCAGCUACAUCGGCUCAGGCCUGUACGCGACAUUGCCCAAAGCCGUGAUAAUGGGCGCAGCGUGGGACGCAGACGACGUAGCGUUAGUGAAAGCCGCGAUCGAGAGCGUCGGGCUGCCGGCGAGCGCGGCCCCGGUGAUCCUGCGCAACGACACGAGCGUGCCUACGCCGCAGCCGCCGGCCCGCGAGUACGGAGAGCAGCUGAUGCGUCGCAUACGCUCGACCGUGGGAAAGUUGGUGCGCGGGGAGAAGCUCAGCGGGCCGGAGGAGGGUGUUGUGUGGUAUUAAAUCGACAAAC